AUGGCGAAACAAGGCAAGAAAACUCAUGGUCGAGCUGAGGUCCAAGACGAAUCAACCGCUGAUGCUUUUCUCCCAAACGAAGACAUCACGAUGACUCCACCUAUGGAUUUCGCAAAUCGACGCACCAGAUCUGGUUCCAAGCAGGAAUCGUAUGACAGUGUUCAUAGUCAUUUCUUCCUACACUCCGCCGAUCAUCCAGGUCUUUCUAUCGUUACUCACACUCUCGAUGGAUCUAAUUACAACAAUUGGUCAAUAGUUAUGCGUAUGAGUCUUGAUGCAAAGAAUAAACUUAGCUUUGUUGAUGGAUCUCUACCGCGACCUAACGUUGAUGAUGAUCUGUUUAAGAUCUGGAGUAGAUGCAAUAGUAUGGUUAAGACGUGGAUACUGAAUGUAGUGAAUCAGGAAAUUUACGAUAGCAUUCUCUAUUAUGAUGAUGCAGCUGAAAUGUGGACUGAUCUUUUCUCGAGAUUCAAAGUCAGUAAUCUUCCCAGGAAGUAUCAAUUGGAACAGGCUAUUACAUCUCUUAAACAAGGAAAUCUAGAUCUAUCUGCAUACUACACGAAGAAGAAGACUCUGUGGGAGCAGUUAGCAAACACUAAAACUACCAUCGUUAAGAGAUGUAAUUGUGACCAUGUCAAGGAACUCCUGGAGGAAGCUGGAACAAGCAAGAUCAUACAGUUUCUUAUGGGACUAAAUGAAAACUUUGCUAAUAUCCGAGGUCAGAUCUUGAACAUGAACCUCGACCUGGAUUGA